AUUCCUCUUUCUCAUCCACAUCGUACACUUCAUAUGUCGGACUGGGAAGGAUCAGACAGCGACACCGCGCCAGUGGUCAAGGGCAAACCUGCAGCACCUGCAAAGCCUUCUGCUGCGAAGCCUAUAAAAUCGAAAUGGGAAGGAGAAGAUAAAGAGGAGGAAGGGCCUGUGAGCGACUGGGAAGAAUCGUCCGAGGAAGAGUCGGAGGAAGAAGCCAAACCCGCGCCAGUCGCCCCACCGAAGAAAAAGGGCACCCUCAAGCAGAAAUUGGCAGAAAAAGAAGCGGAGAAAGCUCUGCGGCAAGCUAAUGGCGAAAAUUCCGACGAAUACGACUCGGAUGCAGUUCUUGACCCUCGGGAAAAGGCAAGGAGGGAUAAAGAGAAGGAGCUCAACGCCGACCUGAAUAAUGCUGCGGAACUGUUUGGUGCAGCUGCUCUUGGGGGAACAUCCUCUGCAGAACUUGACGCUCUAAUAUCUGCGCAACCACGGACAAAAGAGGACUUCCAGAAGCUCUCGGCGAGCAUCAUCGAGUUCAUCGUUAAGCGGCACGAAGCUAAGCCGUUGUACCCAUCGUUUGUGGAGCACUUUGCGAGGGCGGUCGCACUGCCGCUGAAAGAUGUGGAGGUCCGCAAGGUCGCGUCGGGGUUGAUGACGCUGGCGAAUGAGAAACAGAAGGAGCAGAGGGAUAAGGCGAGUGGGAAGAAGAAGCCAAAGGCGGCGUCGAAGCCAGGGUUAGGUGGGGCGAAAGUGUCGUCACGGCUUGAUACAGGCGCUUACGAGGAAGCUUUGGAUGACUUUGGAAACGACGAUUUCAUGUAAAGAUCUAGUUCUCGUUUUCCUUUCUUUGAUCUACAUUAAUGCCCCUGGCGGCUUGUAAUACCUUGAUCUUCCUGGAAUACUUACAUAUCGCCUGAACCAGAAGACAUUUUGUCGUGACUAA